AUGGCUCCGACUUCCUCGGAGGUCCGCUUUGAGCAAGAGUUCCCUGAUGUGUUCCUCGAGAUUUUCAGAGCAAAUGACGCCACUUUCAAGCUCUCAGUCGACCUCGUCAUUCACGAUAAAGCUUCCAUCGCCGAUGAAGACGAUGAUGAGAACGAUGCCGAUGACGAGUACUAUCUCGAAGCAAACCCCAUCUGGAACAGACAGGGGUGGAGGAACGCCGUUGCUGAAAUCGAGAGAUUGGCACCAGGCCUGCUCCCAAAGUCGAGCUCUUAG